GGGACUGCGAUCCAAGUUUAAUAGGUCCAUGCCUGCAGAUGCAUCCUUCAAAAACUCAGGACGCGAAUAUGGCGCGCAUUUCAGCUGUGUUCUCAUAGGCGCUCGUCGGCGUUAUGACGUCCGUAAAUAGGCGGCCGUUGGCAACUUGGGCAUGCUUCCUUCACUUUGGUAAACAGCAGACAUUCUCUGGAAUUCACCACAAAUCACCACAUUUGAAGGGCGGGGGGUUCUCUCAAAGUUGAAGUUCUUAAAAUGAAGAUAUUUCAGAGCGUCAACAUGGCAAUGAUGAUAUGUAGGCCUAUGGCAGCCAAAAUAUUAAGUGUUGCCCAUAUAACUUUGGAAUGAAAGCAUGUCAAAACAUCGCACCUUAUUUUGCAAUAAAUGAAUUGCAGCCACACAACUUUGCUGCUCUCAAAAUAACUUUUUGAUGGUUUAGGUUAAUACAAAUUGGAAAAUGUUUUUUUUCAAUGUUGAAUUAAUUUUCCAGAUAUAUUUACUUUUAUUUCAUAUGUAUUUUAUUGACAAUGCAACUGCAUCAGCAAAUUGUCGCCCAGCAGAAUACAGUACAGAAGAGGGCUGUUGUCCAACUUGUCCACCAGGAAUGUAUGUUAGUAGACAUUGCACAGGAUUCAGAAGUACAUCAUGUGCAUCUUGCACAGAAGGUACUUUCCAAGAUGGCGACAAUGGGCGUGAACAAUGCUUUGCAUGUAAACAUUGUGAUGCAGGUCUCGGUCUGGAAGGUGAAGAAGUCGUGUUCAUCAACAUCAGAUGCUGUGUGUGAGGUCCUGGAUGGAUUCUUCUGUAUUGACUCUAACGGAGGUGGAUGUAGGGCCGCUCAGAGACACACGGCUUGCAGUCCUGGACAAUACAUCGGUCAAAGAGGAACAGCAGAUAAAGACACAGAGUGCCUUCACUGUACUGAUGGAACAUUCUCAGAUGGCACAUCAUCGUCUUGUCAGAACCACACAAAAUGUGAAUCUGUGGGACUGAAUCUGAUGAGACCAGGAACUGAUUCAACUGAUUCAGAAUGUGGAGAACAUGGUCCACAUGCAGGACUAGUGGCAGGAAUAGUAAUACCAGGAGUCAUACUGGUAAUGGCUUUAAUGGCAUUAAUCAUAGCCAUUAUUCACAGGAAGAAUAAAAGAGAAUUGGAAAAACAAAUAAAUGAGAUGAAAAGGGAAACACCGGAAGAGGAGAGGGAGAUAACUGUGACCACACCACUAAGGUCCACUGACGGUCCUGAACCAACCAGGGACCAACAAGAAUGUACCAUAACUAUCCCUGAUGGAACUAUGGAUGAUCAUCAUGGUGACCAGAGUCUGGGUCUAGCCCGACCCUCAAGCCCCUCACAUAAUGGAUCUGUGUCUGUCUCAGUCCAUCAGGAGGACAAUCCUAUUGUUUCACCUUCUUCUGACGAAUGUACCAUCACUGUAAAUGAUCCGUCUGUCCACUUUAAGAGGGAAAAUGGAGCCGCCUAGUCCAUCUCCAUAGUCUCUCCUAAUGCCGCGUUUCCACUGCAGGGUGCGGUACGGUUCGGUUCGCCUCAGUCCGGUAGGGAGGGGGCGGUAUAGCCCAGCUCAGUUCCGAGGUCGCGUUUCCACCGCCGACAGUACCCUUUAUGGUAGGCCGGAUGUCGAUCGCCGCGGCAGCUACGUAAACAUCGUAAACAACAUCUCCCUCCCCAAGAAUGCAGAGGAACGUCUCCACCUCCUUGUUCGCCCAAGCAAGCGUUUUAUGCGACAUGUUCAUUGUAAAGAAUACCGGAAGUGACGAUUCUGUCGACCAAUCAACGGAGGGGGUGUGUAACUCGAAUAUUCCGGCACCCUUUCAGGCGUCUCAGUACCCCAACGGAGGAGUACUGAAGACGAGGGCAAAACGAGUACCGCUCAGUCCGGGUCACGCACACUUUUGGCGGUGGAAAAAUGCAAUCCGUACCGCACCUUUGCGAACCGAACCGCACCCUGCAGUGGAAACGCGCCAUUACACUAUGCCCCCUCCACCUCCCAGGCCACCCCCCUGUCUGGUGCCCCCCUUCACCUCCCAGGCCACCCCCCUCAGUGUGGUGCCCCCCUUCACCUCCCAGUCC